GAAAGAAAGAAGAAAAAGUAUGGCGGGGAAGACAGCUAGAGCCAGAGACAUAAAAAAGCGGCCAAAGUAGUCAUCCAAUAUUAAUGACCGUUGGGGAAGUUGGCAGUCCAAAAACACUUUUAAUGCUUUGGCACCCAACUCCAACUCAACCGUACCCAAUCAAUGCACAAUCUUCUCCCUCUCUCUCUCUCUCUGUCCAAAGAGCUAGGCAUGGCCAACGUGAAAACGGAGCUAUUUUAGCUUCAUCUUUUCUCAACGCCAUUGACAAAUUUGAACUUUUGCUUGGGAACAUUCCAGUGCACAAAAGACCAGCUUGACAGGAAGGAGGUAGAACUUUCCCAGAAUAUUUGAUUCACGUUAGCUUUAGAUUUGGUAGAAAAAUCUACCAAUAAGAUUUGAUUCUUUGAGUACAAAGCGCAAUGUUGGAAGCUAAAAGUUAACAAAUUCAACAGACAGUGUGGCGUUGGAGAGAAAUAAAUUCUUAUAUAAAUAAUUCGAGGUGGGUUCUUAAAAUCUGGGUUUUGUUUGAGAAAAAUCUCCAAAGACCAAUUGGGGCUUUUUCUUAGAAAUCAAUCAAACACCUGAAGUAAAUUUUUGGGGUACAGCUGGGGCUCUUGGGUUCCUCUGUCAUUGUUGAUCUUGCUUUUAUUGGAUAAAGAUGGUGGGAAGCAUUGAGACAAUGCACCGCAAUGUAUACUCAAAUGGGUCUAUUCAGAAUUAUCAUGGUUUAGAAGAGAAACUUGAUGAGCUCAGAUGCCUUCUUCGCAAGGCAGAUGGUGACCCUUUGCGGAUUGUUGGUGUAGGAGCCGGAGCUUGGGGCAGUGUUUUUGCAGCUUUGCUUCAAGAUAGCUAUGGGAAUUUCCGAGAGAAAAUUCAAAUCAGGAUUUGGAGAAGGCCAGGAAAAGCUGUUAACAGAGCCACAGCAGAACAUCUUUUUGAAGUGAUUAAUUCCAGGGAAGAUGUUUUGAGGAGGUUGAUCCGGCGCUGCGCCUACUUGAAAUAUGUGGAGGCAAGGCUUGGGGAUCGAACGCUUUUGGCAGAUGAGAUUUUAAAAGAUGGGUUUUGCUUGAACAUGAUCGACACCCCACUUUGUCCUUUGAAGGUUGUGACUAAUUUGCAAGAAGCUGUUUGGGAUGCUGAUAUUGUGGUAAAUGGCUUGCCUUCCACUGAAACAAGAGAAGUCUUUGAAGAGAUCAGUAAGUAUUGGAAGGAGAGAAUUACAGUUCCUAUAAUCAUCUCUUUGGCUAAAGGAAUUGAGACUGCUUUGGAACCUGUUCCGCAUAUAAUAACUCCCACUCAAAUGAUUAACCGGGCAACUGGAGUACCUAUAGAGAACAUACUUUAUCUUGGUGGACCAAAUAUUGCAUCUGAAAUCUACAACAAGGAAUAUGCUAAUGCUCGAAUAUGUGGAGCGGAAAAGUGGAGAAAACCUCUGGCAAAAUUUCUAAGGCAACCUCAUUUUAUUGUCUGGGACAACAGUGACCUUGUAACGCAUGAAGUCAUGGGUGGUUUGAAGAAUGUCUAUGCAAUUGGAGCUGGAAUGGUAGCAGCUCUUACCAAGGAGAGUGCUACAAGCAAAUCGGUGUAUUUUGCACAUUGUACCUCAGAGAUGAUAUUUAUUACUCAUUUGUUGGCUGAAGAACCUGAAAAACUUGCAGGGCCUUUGCUGGCUGAUACUUAUGUAACUUUGUUGAAAGGUCGUAAUGCAUGGUAUGGCCAGAUGAUAGCCAAAGGCGAACUAAGCCGGGAUAUGGGUGAUAGCAUCAGUGGCAAAGGAAUGAUUCAGGGUGUCUCAGCUGUGGGAGCAUUUUAUGAACUUCUCAGUCAGUCAAGUCUAAAUGUAUUGCAUCCCGAAGAGAACAAGCCUGUUGCUCCAGUUCAGCUCUGCCCAAUACUGAAGACAUUAUAUAAGAUUCUGAUAACAGGGGAACAGUCAUCACAAGCCAUUCUUCAAGCUUUGAGGGAUGAGACAUUGAAUGAUCCAAGGGAACGCAUCGAGAUUGCACAAAGCCAUGUUUUCUACAGGCCUUCACUUCUGGGACAGCCUUUGACUAGUUUGCCAAUGCAAGAGAAAGUCAUAUAAUAUAUAAAUAUCUGUAGAAGCAUUUGUUAAAAUGGGAACUGCUUGGAGUUUCAGUUGAAUUUGUGUACUGUUACAAUAUGUUAAUGAUAGUAAAAUGGUAUUAAUCUCUGGUUAAAUA